GACCUGGGAUUGUUGUGUGGUGGAACAGAAAAUGGCGGCUGUUUAGAGACAUUCAUAUCUGUGGGGUUUGCAGCGCGACGUUCAAAGAGGACGGGGUUUUGUUGCGGUUCAACCUGUUAGGAUACGGAUAUGUGUUGCUGAAUAAACUCAGGUAAUGACGGAGUUUCUGUCGAGGACACUUUGAGCUCAGUAGACCAACACUGGCUGGGCUCGGCGCAGAACAAAGCUUCGGCUGGUCUUAAAUCCAGAAAAAUGUUCUAACUUCGAGAUUAUGCUGACUUCUAGUCUGUGAUGUAGCCCCGUCGCUGGACGCGUCGGACCAUCUGUUCGGCUUCCUGCAUCUUAAUGCGCCGCUUUAAUUCCCUCGGAGUCCUAGCGGAGCCAGCCAGGCAGCGGUUCUUCUCUAUAAGCCCCGUUAGCUUCCGAGAAGUUUCAAAAACCCAGUUCACACCAACUUCUGUCGGAUCGCAGCCCCCGAUCCACACCGUUCAGACUCACUCCUGCAGCGGAGGGUCCCAGCCAUGUGGCCCCAGGAUGCGAGUUAAAGGGCUUCUCUGCUGCUCUCACAGCGCCCCGCUUCACCCGUGGAGAACAGCCAGCCGUCCCCUCUGAGUAUGGAUGAGUCAAAGCCGCGAUACAGCAAGAGGCUGCGGGCGGGUACCCGGAGACGUUACCAUGACGAUGGCAUCUCAGAUGAGGAGAUUGAUGGAAGGAGAACGUUCGACUUGGAGGAGAAAGUCAGCAGUGAACGGUUCAGUUCUGAUCGGAUCGUCCGCAUGGAGGGAAAAGACUUCACGUAUGAGUUUGUCCAGAAGGGAGGCCUAAGGGACCCAAUCCUUUUUGAAAAGCCUGAUGGACUGGGAAUGAAGAUGCCAGAACCUGACUUCAGUGUCAACGAUGUCAAGACGUUUGUUGGUAGCAGACGUAUGAUAGACGUAAUGGAUGUGAGCACCCAGAAGGGGACAGAGAUGUCCAUGGCCCAGUGGACACGUUACUAUGAGACUCCUGUGUCUCAGAGAGAGAAACUCUAUAAUGUUAUCAGUCUGGAGUUCAGCCACACCAAGCUGGAGAAUUUGGUUAAGAGGCCUGCUACGGUGGAGCUCAUCGACUGGGUGGACAACAUGUGGCCUCGUCAUCUUAAAGAGAGGCAGAGGGAUUCAACCAAUUCCAUCAAUGACAUGCAGUACCCAAAAGUCCAAAAGUAUUGCCUGAUGAGUGUCCAGGGCUGCUACACAGACUUUCACAUUGACUUUGGUGGGACCUCAGUCUGGUACCACAUUCUCAAUGGGAGGAAGGUGUUCUGGCUUAUCCCGCCGACGGAUCCAAGCCUGGAGCUGUAUGAGAACUGGGUGCUGUCUGGAAAGCAGGGAGACAUUUUCCUGGGAGAUCGAGUUUCUGAUUGUCAGAGGAUCGAACUGAAACCGGGCUGUACUUUUAUCAUACCUUCAGGCUGGAUUCAUGCUGUUUAUACCCCUGUGGAUUCCAUGGUAUUUGGAGGAAACUUCCUGCACAGCUUCAACGUUCCCAUGCAACUAAACAUCUGUAAUAUAGAAGACAGAACACGGGUUCCUGUGAAGUUCCGUUGUCCCUUCUUUUAUGAGUUGUGCUGGUAUGUGUUGGAGCGUUAUGUCUACAGUCUAACAAAGACCUCCUACCUCACGCCGGAGUUUCAAAAAUUCUCCCUGGGCACAGCUCGUGAACAGCAAGAGGGCGGUUCUGGUACGACUGAAGAGUCUUCAGAUCCUCAGCCUGAAAAGUCUCCAUCAAAGGUCCAUUUGACUCCCUUGGAGCUGGAGGGACUUUGGAGUCUGAUCAGUAAACUGGAGACGCUGCCAUCAAACAAAAAGUGUGUCCCAGUGGGGAUCCAUAAUGCUGCAGCACUCAUGACGCAUAUGAAGGCUUUACUGAAGGAGCAUGCUAAUGACAACCCUAAACUGUGCUAUACAGGAAAACCAAUAGUCAGGUGGCCACCCAGGCCUUCAUGGUAUCAGCCUCCUACUCCUCCUCCGCCACCACCACCACCACCACAGCCAGCUCCUCGCCCCAAACCCCCGUCAUCGACCACCACGCAAAGACCUCAGAAACCCUCCAUGUCUUCGCUGCGACGGCGCAGAGUCAGAUGUAAGCGCUGUGAGGCUUGUAUGAGAGCAGAGUGUGGAGACUGUAACUUCUGCAGAGACAUGAAGAAGUUUGGAGGACCAGGGAAGCUCAAGCAGACCUGUGUGCUGCGACAGUGCCUCUCACCGGGUCUCCCUCUGUCUGCGGUGUGUGAGGUCUGCAAGGAGCCCAAUCAGGAGGAAACUGGAGACCCUUCGCUCACUCUGAUGGAAUGUUCCAGUUGUGCACAGAUAGUCCAUCCUGCCUGCCUUACAGUUCAGGGUGAUGGCGUAGUGAACAAAGACCUGCCCAGCUGCUGGGAAUGCCCAAAGUGUGUCCAAGGGAUCACUGACCGAGAGUCUAAAGGUGACAGAGGUGAAAGUCUUUCAUUGAAGAGGAAAUCCUCGUCCCUGCUCGAUGCUCGUAUAGCUAAAAUCUACAGACGGCAGCUCCACAGCCAAGAUGGGGAUGAUUCAGCCAGUGAUGAGGAUAAUGCAUCUCAGAGAAGAAGAAUGGGGCUUUCUGCACAAGGACACUUGUCCAGAAAGUCCUUUGGUGCCAACAGGAGAGGCCUUCUGCGAGGGGGCUUGUCCCACAAAGGGAACAGAGGAGGGCUUGUGGCGGGGGGCUCCAUCUCAGUCCUCAGACUGAAGAGGGGGAUGAGUAUGAAGGAGGCCGGGCGGCGAGGGCGGGUCAGACUCCGAGGAGGCUCCAGGAUGCAGAGAAGAGGAGAUGACUCCGAAGAGUCGGAUGACGAUGAAGAUGACGACGAAGACGAUGAUGACGACGACGACAAUGAUGACGAUUAUGACGAAGACGAGGGUGACAGUGAAGAAGAAAAGGAAUAUCUGCGUCACAAACACAGGAGGCGCAGGAGGGACUAUGAUGACGAUGACGACAGUGAGGGGCAGGAUUACGACCCUGAAGAAGAGGAGGUGGACACGGCAGAAGACGAAGAGCUGAAAAAAGAGGACGAGGAGGACGACGGACGCUGGGAUUCGGACCCAGAACCCCCAGUGCUGCUGGUGUCUGACCUGAACGACGACCUGCUGAGUGGCUCCUACCUGACAGUCACUCUGCAGCAGCCACACAAGGCCAAGACCCAGUCAGGCUCCAUCGUCCCAAAGCUAGAAGCAGCCAUGGGGCUGAGGUCGGCUGCAGGCGGCGCUGGUCAGCAGGGCUUCAUCCAGAGGAAGGCUGCUCAUUCCAAACCUUCCAGGCUCCGAGGUGCCGACUCCGCUGACACUCUAACCCCCAGAGGACCCGGCAGGCCUCGUCUUCGAGGAAGCCAGGGAGACAAGAGCAGCAGAAGUUAUUCUGCCUCUUCAUCAGAGGAAGACCAGGCUGACACUCCUGCUGCCUCCCUCCCGUCGUCCUUGCUGUCUCUGCCGUCCUUUAAAGAUGCAGGCAGCGAUCGGGGCGGGGAGAAGGAGGUGUGGGUGUCGGUCUUUAGAUACCUGAACAGAGCUGAGCUGCUGGCCUGCAUGACUGUCUGUAAAGCUUGGUACAAGUGGAGCUGUGACAAACGCCUGUGGAGUCACAUUGACGUGAGUCGGUGCAACCCGCUCAGUAACCAGGCCCUGGCAGGCAUCAUCAAACGCCACCCCACCUCUCUGGACCUGUCCUGGACACCACUGGCCAUGAGACAACUAAACUGCCUUCUUACCAGGCUCCCAGGUUUGAGGGAACUGAGGCUGACCGGUCUGCCGUGGUCAUGUCUGUCGGCUCUGGUCUCUCCCACACUGCCCCAGUUGCAGCUGCUGGAUCUGCGCUGGUGUGAAGGCAUUAAAGAAGCCCAGAUAAAGGAGAUCAUCAUCCCGCCUGGUUUAGAGUCAUCCCGCAGCAGGCUGAGGAACAUGGUGACACUGCGUCUGUCCGGUCUGGAUGUCAGUGAGUCGACUCUGAGGCUGCUGCAGCGCCACAUGCCCCAGCUGGAGGUUCUGGACCUGGCUCACUGCAGGGACAUAACGGAUUCCUGCAUCACCCUGCUGGCAGCUGCUGGGACUCACACCCGCAACAACCUCAGCGAGCUCACACUCGCCGGUUGCCACCAGCUGACAGAUGGCUGCCUGGCCUACCUGAAGCGCUUCUCCUGUCUGACUCUGCUGGACCUGAGAGGCUGUAAGGGUAUAAGCAGACGUGCCUGUGAUGCCUUCAUCUCCGACUUGUCCCACGUCGCCCUCUACUGUAUGAUGGAGGAAAAACUCAUCCAACGCCUGGACUAAGGGCUAACCUUUCCAGAGAUUUGAAAAACAGGUCGAACAAAGUUUUGGGAAGGAAGCAACGCCUUCAUUUAAUGACAUUGAUGCAGACGGACUGGAGUGCUGCCAAUUUAUUACAGGACUUGUAUCUUUAAGUAAAAAUACUAAGAAAAAUGGGGUCAGUUUGUAGCAAAGCUAGUUUUUAAUGCUUUGAUGUUUUCUCUGUAAAUAGAGGCUCUGUGUGUGUGUGUUAGCAUUCUCUGUCCCAGUUGUGUACUAAAAAUAAAACUUGUAGUCCUCUACGUGUUAUCUAGUUUGAUCUAAAUAUCUUAACUUUCUAAUGAUAUCAAAGAGCAUCAUCAGUUAGUAGCAUCAAGUUUGGACUAAGGCAAACUUGGUACAAAAGGAAAAAAUGUUUUGGCAGUUGUCUUGCUGAAUCCUCUCUGCCAAUGCUGAACAGCUUUUGGUGGAAGCACCAUGAUGGUCUUCUCCCUCUGGGGGAAAAAAAUUGGUCUUUUCACCACAGAAGGCACUCUUAAUUGGAGCUGU